ACUUCUAUAAGCUCUCUACUUCUUCAUGCCUCAAGCUAGCUGGAAAACCCUCUCCGUACAUAUAUAGCACCGUGCAUUUUUCUUUGUCAUAUACACUACUCUCUUUUCUAGCAACUUUUUGUCACAAACUUCAACCAAUUACGUACUAAUGGAGAUGUGUAUUACAUCUUCCUCUGAAAUUGAACCUCCAAAAUCUGGAAAUCUUAUUACAGUUCUUAGCAUUGAUGGAGGAGGUAUUAGAGGAAUCCUUCCUGGAGUCAUUCUUGCUUACCUUGAGGCUCAACUUCAGAUGCUAGAUGGUGAGGAUGCAAGGCUUGCUGAUUAUUUUGAUGUGAUUUCUGGGACAAGCACAGGUGGUCUCAUUACAGCGAUGUUGGCAGCACCCAAUGAAGAGAAUCGCCCUUUAUAUGCUGCCAAAGAUAUAGUGCCAUUUUACCUUGAAAACUGUCCCAAAAUCUUCCCGCAGACAAGGGGAAUAUUUGCAUCAGCAGUAAAUCUAGUGAAAGUUUUAACAGGACCCAAGUAUAAUGGAAAGUAUCUUCACAAGCUCAUAAGAGACAAAUUAGGGGAUACAAGGUUGAACCAAACCCUGACAAAUGUUGUUAUUCCGGCUUUUGACAUCAAGAAACUUCAGCCUACUAUCUUUUCCUCAUAUAAGGUGAGCAACCAUCCACUCCUAGAUGCUGCACUAUCAGACAUAUGUAUAGGCACCUCGGCGGCCCCGACUUAUUUUCCUGCCCACUAUUUUAGAAACGAAGAUACACUUGGAAACGUGCAAGAUUUUAACCUUAUCGAUGGUGGCAUGGCUGCUAAUAAUCCGACAUUGGUCGCCAUUAGUGAAGUGACUGAACAGAAUAUUGAGAAGGAUGGGGAUAUCCUCCCAAUCUAUGACCGUUUGCUGGUGAUCUCCCUGGGAACGGGUUCAAACACGAGUGAACAAAAGUACGACGCUAAAAUGGCUUCAAAGUGGGGGGCAAUAUCUUGGUUAUAUGACGAUGGUCAUACUCCAUUGAUAGAUUGCUACAGUGAAGCAAGCAAGGAUCUGGUUGAUUACUACAACUGUGUGGUUUUUAAAGCUCUUCGUUCCCAAAAUAACUACCUACGGAUAUAUGACGAUACGCUACAAGGUAAUUUGUCUUCUGCUGAUGUAGCUACGGCGAAGAACUUGAAAGGUCUAGUGAAAGUGGGUGAGGAGUUGCUUAAGAAACCAGUUGCACGCAUAAAUUUGGAAACUGGUGUCUAUGAACCAAUUCAAAAUGGUGGAACCAACGAGGAAGCACUAGAAAGGUUUGCAAAAUUACUUUCAGAUGAAAGAAAACUCCGAAGCUCGAGAUAACCCCAUUUUCUGGUGCUACGAAUGCUACAGAUACAGUUAUCACAUUGAUAUUUGUUGUUUAUGUAAUUUGUUGUUUAUGUAAUUGCUAAGCAAGAAUAAACAGACGAAAAUAAGAUGGAAUGUGAAGGAUUUACAAUAAGAAGCACUCCUUUCCAUUUCCAGCCUUCAAGGAUUAAUGUACUCUCAAUCUUAUUUUCCAUUGUUAAUGUCCCCGUGUAUUUAUUUAUUUUUUAAACAAUGAGAGAUCAUUACUCUUUCUA